CAUCAACUUUUCAUUGUCGAAAUUGUCCAGCGUUGAAAAUACCCGGCGAAGCUCUCUAUUUUCGUUUGUACGUCUAACGUCUGAUCAAUCAGUGGUAGUCUUAUGGACGGAAAAUAAACAGUUUCUUCGGGUCGUUUGUACUAUACAUUGUGUUCCAGUCGCUAAAUGCUCCACUACUGUAACGAUCCCACAUACGACUCCUCGAAACUCCUUUGGACCAUGUGCCUGGAAGUGAAGCGGUGUGGAUGCAGAGUGCCAGUUCCCAGUUCCUGCUCCAAGCCCAGAUCUUGCUGUAAUUCCGGAUCCUGCUGCGGACCAUGUGGCUCUUGUGGGUCGUGCUCAAAGGGCUGUGCUACCUGCUGUACCUCCUGCUGUGGGAUAUUCCCCGAAACAUGCUGCGGCCCAUGGUGUGAGUCCUGCCUGGAUCCUGCCUGGUUCUCCUGGCUGGCCCCCAAUAUCGGCCGAGCCUGCUGUUGUGCUUGCAUGCCAAUUUGUCGGAAAAAGUGCUGCUGAGGACGAGUUAUUGGGGCGUUUCAUAGCACACGGUGAAGUAUAUAUAGAAAUAAAGUCAAGUGUUUCCCAUUUCGAAUUAU